GCACGCUACCGCGGGGUCGACAUCGGGGCAGCAACGGACCCGGCCACGCCCACCAACAACAUAAUACAAGUAGCCACGUUUAAUCCGCCCUACGCAUGUUCUGCUCUUCUAUUCGCAUGGCGAACUCGGCGGUUUCUUCCCGCGGCAGAAGAGCGCUCGUCGUCGAGGACAAUGCCAUCAUCCGGGUGGUGGUGCGUAAGCUGAUGAAGGAGCAAGGGAUAGUAUUGGAGGAGGCGGAGAACGGGAAGGCGGCGGUGGAAUCGGUCAAGGAUGGCAAGUCCUACGACCUCAUCCUCAUGGACAGGGAAAUGUCGGUCAUGGAUGGCCAUGAGGCCACAAAGCAGCUACGACUACUGGGAGUGAAAACCCCCAUCGUGGCUCUCUCGGCGGACAGCCAGCAGUGCGAUAGGGACUUGUUUCUUAGAGCCGGCGCCGACGAAUUCGUUGAGAAGCCCCUGACAAAGGAUAAAUUGGCUGGGAUCCUUUCCAAGUAUGGUCUUCAAUGAGUACAUGCUCGCAUGCUACACCUUGCUUCUCUUCUUUCAUGGCUGAUGUUUUCACCCCUCAAGUUUCUUUCAGAUCAUCCUCAAGUUUCUCCUUAUUAGAUCUUAUAGCAGCAAAGGUGAUAUAACCCUCAUCUCGGGGGCUCUC